AUGGGGUCCAACCACGCAGCCGAGCAUGGCGAGUUCCGUCAAUUCCUACCAGAUGUGAACAACGCCCGGUUUACGGCCAUGAGGAAACAAGACGCCUCUGAAUACGCUGAAGAUUUCAAACUCAACAGGAACCCCCCUUGGCUGCACGCGCUCUACGUCCACUGGCGGAAGCUCUUCCAGGAGCCUUACCGGGGGAUCACAACGGAUGGGAACAUUCGCCCGGAUCUAUUCAAGAUUCAAGACGAAGGUGUCCCAAUCGAAGACAUUGUUAGUUCGGCAGAUGCUCUGCUGGGCAUGCUCGACGAAGAGCAGCGUGCGCUUGUCAGCUACCACAUUGACUCUCCAGAAUGGCGGUCCUGGUCGAAUCCCGAAUUUCUCCUGAGCGACAAGGGCCUGCGCCUCGACAGACUUAGUGAUGCGCCUCAGAUCAAGAAUGCCAUCAUGCGUGUUCUCCAGACGACGCUGUCGCCAGAAGGCUACGCCAAGGCCGUCGCCGCCAUGCGUAUCAACGGGUUCCUGGGUGAGCUCGUGCAGGCGCCGCGCGUUUGCAAUGAGUUCUCGUACAACUUUGUCCUCUUCGGACAGCCGUCGGCGUCGCGGCCCUGGGGCUUCUCGUUUUACGGCCACCACCUGUGCCUCAACAUCAUCCUCUACAAGGCUCAGAUUGUUGUCUCGCCGUGGUUCACAGGCGCCGAGCCGAACCUCAUCGACAGUGACGGCCCUCACGCGGCGACGCGGAUCCUCCACGAGGAGGAGGUCCUCGGCCUGCACCUCAUGCAGAGGCUAUCACCGGAGCGCCAGGCGGAGGCGCAGGUAUACAAGCUUCUCAAGGACCCGGCCAUGCCCAAGGGGCGCUGGAACCACGACGACCAGCGCCAUCUGUGCGGGGCGUACCGCGACAACCGCGUCGUGCCGUACGAGGGCAUCCUCGUGGGCGACAUGACGGCCGCAGAGCAGGAUCUCGUGUCACAGAUCAUGGGCCAGUACCUCCUCUACCUCCCAGAGCAGGCUCGACUGGCGCGGAUGGAGCAGGUCAAGGCCUGGUAUCACGAGACGUACUUUUGCUGGAUCGGGGGCUUCGGCAACGAGGACGCCUUUUACUAUCGUAUCCAGAGUCCGGUUAUCAUUGUCGAAUUUGAUCACCACUCCGGCGUAUUCCUGACGAACAAGGAGCCAGCCAAGUUUCACAUUCACACCUUAUUGAGGACGCCCAAUGGGGGCGACUACGGUAUGGCGCUGAGACCGUUGAUGGAGGGCAUGGAGCAGGGAUUUGUGUGGGAAGGUUAG